GCAGAGGAGGGACAGUAGAAUCACAACAGAGCUACUACAGCUUUGACAGCUUUGUUUUGUGUCGCUGAAACACGUUGUGUUUUUUUUUUUUGUUACCGAUAACGGACAUGUCACGAAAACCCAAAGAUGAAUUCUACCGUUUUUUCAACGUUAGCGACCCACGCACACACGAGAAGGGGUACACCGAGUACAAAGUGACAGCAAGGUUUGUGUCCAAGCGUCAUCCAGAAGAUGUGAAGGAGGUGGUGGUGUGGAGGAGGUUCUCGGAGCUGAAGAAGCUCCACGGGGAGCUGGCCUACACGCACAGGAACCUGUUCAGAAGACAGGAGGAGUUUCCUUCUUUUCCCCGCUCACAAGUCUUUGGAAGGUUUGAUGAGGCUGUGAUUGAAGAGAGGAGGAAAGCUGCAGAGACCAUGCUUCUGUUUACUACCACCAUACCUGCACUCUACAACAGUCCACAGCUCAAGGACUUCUUCAGAGGUGGAGAGGUCACAAGGCCUCUGGAUGCCACCCCUCUGUCCUCUGCUGGGCCCCUGCCACCCCCUCUCAUCCCCCUUCCCAAGCGGAGAGACUCAGACUGUGAACCCGCAGAGGAGGAGGAGGGGAGGGAGGCUCCCACCUUACCCCAAGACCUGGGCACCAACUUGGGCUUAGAGGUGGGAGAACCAGAAGUGGCGGCUGAGGCUUACAGCGAGAUGGGAGGAUCUCCAAGGGAAGAACAAGCAGAAGAGGAGCUGAGAGAUACAGAACUGGAUGACAGAAUUCCGUCUCCCUUCCAAUACCCAGACGAAAACCACCAAUCACAAGAGUCCCAGGAAGAAUUUGAUUCACUGUUUGACUGUGUGGCAGAGAAGCAAGUCCCAUCCCCAAAAGAGGAAGGUCCCCCUCCCCUGACUGAUAAUGACUUGGCUGUCUUUGAUCCCUGCCAUAAACAAGAAAAGCCCAAUUCCUCCAGUGACCACUCCGAAUUGUUCUCACUACCGCCAGCCAGUCUGGAUGGAGGGGAUGCAGCUUACUUAAACCAAGCUGCCAGCGAGCUAACAGCUGCAAUGGAGAGGGAGAAGGAGGGAGAAUUUAGUUCUGCCAUUCGUGGAUACAGGACGGCGGUGGAUAUACUGAUCACUGGAGUACAGGGAGACCCAGAUCCGGUACGCAAGGAGUCUGUGAUGAGAAGGACAGCCCAGUAUCUGAAGCACACUGAGAUGCUGGUCGACAGGCACUCCUCACCCACACACACUCACACACCAACACACACACAUACACAGGAGCCUUAGAUGCACAUGCACAUUUUCAUAUACACUGUUGAUCUACAUGAAGACCGAUCAAAGACUAAAAAGCUCAGGGUUGUGACACAAAUAAAGACACAUAUGUCACACACACUCACAUACUCUUCCUCUCUUAAUAAAAUUACUCAUGGGAAUACUGACACAAAUGCACAGUUAUAUACAGUAUGUUGUCAUAGUGAGAACACAAACUCAUUUGGCCCAUUCAGAAAUACACUAAGGUGCUACUACUACCAGCACACACACACACACACACACACACACACACACACACACACGCAAAAUCCUGAGAUACAGUUUACACAACAGACUGCUACUUUAGCUGCCUUUGUGUAGUAAAAAAAGUGAUUUACUAAAUCUAAAGUAACUUUAUGUAUUGAUGGAUAAAUAAUCCAUCUCUCUCCUUCUCUUCUCUUGUUUGAUUCUUACCUUCCUUUUACAAAGUUCUCUUGUUAAUUACAGUAAUGUGUGUGUAUAUCAGUAAUUUGCAUUUUGCACAAACAAUG